UCUUUUCUUCUUUCCUCUCAUAUCCAGGAGAGUCAAGCUGAUCAAAGCAAACAGGUGGCUAGCUCAGCAUUGCUGUCAACUCCAUCUACUCCACCACAAGGCUAUUUGGUUCCUAGUCACAUCAAAGGGGAAAAUAUCAGAGCAACAGCGAACAGGGCGGCGAGAGAUAAGACGUGGACAGGUAGUCAGGCAGCUUUUAUAAGAAGUGUCUGGCCUGUGGCAGCAACCCCAGUGGCUUUGCCUACUGUACAUUCCAGCGCUAUGCCAACUAUUAAUUCGCCAAUGUAUUUCCCUAUCUCAUCUAACACCUUGCCAGCCUUGUCAGAUCCCGACUCAACGCACUUAGUGGCUCAGCGAACAGGCUCUUACCGGAACACCGGGAUUCCUCAGAGCUCAUCAUAUCCCAGUGAUUUAGUAACAGAGACGGUUCACACCAGUUUGAGUGUUCCUGACCCCAAUAGGAAUAACCGUGAGGGAGAAAGCUCUGGGAAAGAAGGCAGCUUCGAUUCAACUGCUGAAACAAAAAACCAAGCCUUCAGUGGCUCCCUUCUCAGCUCCAUAUCUGGAAUACUGAACGACACCCCCCCGAGUAGCGUAGCCUUUGAAGAGGCACAGUGGACCCCUCUGUCACUGUGGAACUCUUCCCUGAGCCCUGUCUCAGGCCUGAAGCCACGCCCUGUCACUGAUCCUUUAGCUUUAUCGCAGAACUUAAAACCAGUGUUAACCUCUGUCACUCAAUAUGUUAGUCCCUCAACAGCACCGGAUGACCCCCGAUUCACACUUUCCACCAUUCUGAUUACCCAGUACCCUUACUUUAACCCAGCUGUAUCUAGUCAAAGAACCGAUGAAGCAGACACUGAAAGCCCUGCAGGUGUCCCCCAGUCUGUUGUCACGGCAGAGCCUGUACUGACUCCGCUUAACCUGGCUUCUCACAUAGAGGAAACUACAAUAAUGAGAGAAGAGCUGCUCUCUAAAAUGUCAGAAAGUCGCCCGAUUCUGACAGAGUACGCUACUCAAAACCGAUUCCCAUACGCAAAAAUGUCACCCCCAGCAUUGCCUAAAUAUUUGAAAACCGUAACCCCCGACAUUGGCCGACCUUCCACAGAUAGCCUGGAACCCAAUGGACAUCGUGCACACCUUUCUCCUGGCUCAUCAAACCCAGCGGACACGCCUUUGUCCUCAGUGAUGCCAAGUUGGAGUCGGCAGACCUUUGAGGGAAACACAUCUGUCACAUAUUCUGAAGCGCCGCCAAAGCCAAAGAGCUUGAAAUCAGAUAGUCUGAAGGCUUCUGUUUCCCCCCCUCCCCUGUUGGAUGGGGCAAACCCAGCGCUAGAAGAGUACAUGUCACUCCGUAACGCAGCUGAUGACACUGUGACUAUUUCACCCAUCACCUCCCUCUCAUCUACCCAUAAUAACAGGUAUCCUGCAUCAGAGCAGAAUGUAGGCGUUAGCAAGACAGAGUCUGUCACUGUUUCUGAACCAGAUGUUCUAAUUACCCCUGUACCCCAUAAACAUGUAACUAUGGAUACGGCACAUACUGAGUUCACUAUAAGAGCGGUAUCCCCACUAGACCUGUCCUCAUUACCAUCAUCAUUAAGGUCCUCAUCUUCUUCACCUCACUCCUCAUCGGCAGUAGCAUCAUCCGUCAUCUCAAACCUGUCUGAAUCCAGCUGGGUUUACAGUCCCUCAACCACUGCCAGCCUGUCAUCCCUCUCCAGGGAACGUCCUCAUUCCACAUCAUCCUCCACGGAUCGUCCUCAUUCAACAUCAUUCUCCUCUUCUGGCUUGAGUUUGAGUAUGGUGUUGCCAGCCACACUAUCAUCAUCGCCGUUACCAUCAAGUGUCUUCCUCUCUACUGGUAUGAUGUCAUUACCCCCUGGAGUUACGUCACCUGAUCUCACAUCAUCAUCCGCUGUCCGCUUGUCUGCAGGUAUGACGUCGUCAUCCUCCGUCCUCAUGUCCGAGGGUGUUACAUCAUCAUUCGUUACCCCGGCAUCCAGUGUGACCCCAUCAGUUCCUUUCCCUCUGCCAGAGGAAGUGAGUGGGACAUCUGCUCUUGUUACAGAGAUAGCGAUGGAGGAGUUAACCGCGGGAACAUCAAGAGAAAAGACCAGUUCAUUCCAAACAGGGAACCUCACCGGGCCGGCCCUCCCAACAUCACAGGGGACUUCUCAGGAAGACACGACCGUGUCCCUCCAGCUCACCACCGUGACCACCACAACUGUAUCUGCGACCGCAGCCGCCACACGUCCUACCAUCACGACCGCAAGCACAGCGACCACACCGCCAGCCACUACAGGGAACCCAGCUGCCACAAUAACACGCAGAACUACAACCACGACCACCACUGCGGCUCCAGUUGCCAGGCGAACGCUGUCGCCUCCAACCCCUCCGAGAGGGUCCACCUACAGCCUGUUCACCCCCUUCCCCUUUACCACCACUACAGAGGCUCCGCCACGGCAGUGCAACGUCACAGAGAAGAUGUGGGUGAAGUCAAUUCUGACCAUCCAUGUGAGGAGGAACCGCCUGGACAGCAUCCAGAGGCAGAACCUGCGCAGAGGGCUGAGCCAGGCUCUGAAGAGGGCUCUAAACGACACUACGGCCCAGGCUCAGGUGGAGACGGUGUUUGGUUCGCCCAAUGUGACGGUGGGAUACCACGUGACUGGUGUGGACAUAGUGUAUCCGCCCUCUGUGGUGGUCAAGGCUCUCCACUCCUAUGGCUGGGAUAGGCUGAUGAGUGACGUGCGACAGUUCGUCCCCAUGGUAACGGCCCUGCCUAACACAGCCGCACCUUGGCGACCCAGCCCAGCUAUUGGCCACCAGCUGAAAACAGUUCUGCGCUUUGUUGGACCGGGAGAUGACCCGCAGUCCUGUCGGUUCUCACAGAUGAUGGAACAGAGGCUGGAGAACGUGUUCUCUGAGACGCAGGCCAAAGACCCAGACGUCCGCACCAGACUUUCUGUCCAGAUGCUGAGUGUGUCUCAGUCCGUGGGAUCUCCUGCUGUAUCUCUGGUCUACACAGUGAGGAAUGGGAGUGCUAACCUUAACGGCACCACCGCUUCCAACCUCUUGAAUCAGCUGACUGCCGAGCUGGUCGGCUAUUUCCUGUUCUACCCCCCACUCGUCAUUGCAGAACCGUUGGAGUACCAUAACCUGAAUACCUCCAUUGCUACCCGAGACUUCUGGGUAAUCACAGUCAUUCUGGACGUGGAUAACUCGUCUCUGGAGGGCCAGUACCAGAGCUUUGCCAGCAUCAUGGAGCACCGCCUGGCCGGGCUGUUUGUGGUGGCGGGUCGGCAGGGAACGCGGUUCAGGAGGGCCACCACUGUGGACAACUACACAGUGCAGAUGGUGAGUAUUCGUCGCGUGACUGGUCAGAAGAACCCGGCGGAGAUGACGUACUACGUUCAGCUGAACGGUCAGCCGUUGCCGGGCACGUCGGCCGCCAAGGUCCUGAACACGGUGGACUCGCAGACCAUGGCCCUCACAUUGGGCUACUUCGUUCAGCUGCAGGCCGAGCCUGUUGUGAAGAAUCCUCCAAACAACCUGUGGAUAAUCGCCGCGGUGCUGGCCCCCAUCGCCGUGGUAACCCUCAUCAUCAUCAUCAUCACCACGGUGCUCUGCCGCAAGAACAAGAGUGACUUCAAAGCUGACGCCAUGGGCAACCUUAACCCCCGUGUCAAGACAGCUUAUAGGAGGGACGUCACAGGGUAUUACCAUCAGCCUGUUCAGGGGUUUGACUAUGCCAAGCAGCACCUGGGCCGCGUGCCGGGUGGAGAGGAGGACACCCUCCCGGUGACCCAGGACACCCUGGUGCUGCCUCUGCCCGUCCGGGACGCCCCCCUCUCCCUCUCCCUGGAAAAGGCUCUGCAGCAGGACGGCACGGCCAACAAGAAGACCCUCUGCUCCGACAUACGCAAAAGCAGGUUGCCGAGCGAGGACAGUUCCGUCAUCAGCAACGAAUCAGGGAAGCUCAACUCGAACAGGGGCUCGGCACCGCAGAAAGUCACAGCGCAGCAGAAACCGACAAAGGAGGAGACGCGCCAGAGGAACGAUCUCUAUGACACCUCGUCUGGCUCUCUGCAGCUGAUUUCCAUAAAGCCCAUGACGGCCCCGCCCACCUACUCACACCCCGCCUCCUCUGAACGCAGCCAAGACUCGGCCAUUCUAAAUGGAAAUGGAGAAGUGAACCUAGCUCUGAAACAGAAGUCGGACAUAGAACACUACCGAAACAAACUGAGGCUGAAGGCUCGGAGGAAAGGCUACUAUGACUUCCCUUCAGAUGGCAGUGGGAGUACCAGCAGGGUGUUGGCACAGAGACAUGGGCACCAGAGGGCACUAGGGGAGCAUGGCAGACCACUGGAGCCUGAUGAAGACCACGCAUCCACCUUCGUCAAGUCCCGCGUGAGGCCCUCCCAGGUAAGGCACCCGACGUAUCGGAGCAGGCAGAGCCUGAACAGCCCGAGUCCCGGGGGAACUGAAAUGGACCUGCUGGUGAUGAGAGAGAGGCCCAGGAGAGGCAUCAGGAACAGCGGCUACGAUACUGAACCAGAGCUGAUUGAGGAGACCAACGUUGAUCGUCUGAUUGGCCCGCGCGGGGGUUACGUCUACCCCAGAGGGGUCAAAGGUCACUCGGAGACCUCCACACUGAGCUCCCAGCCUUCCAUCGACGAGGUGCGCCAGCAGAUGCACCUCCUCCUGGAGGAGGCCUUCAGCCUGGCCUCGGGGGGGCAUUCCAUGGCCGGACGCCACCAUCACUCCCACCACGGUCACCACCACGGUCACUACAGCCCCGGACCGCCGCCCCUGCCCUACUCAGAUGCAGUGACCAGUGCCCCGGGGACCGUGAACCGCGUCCGUGGUGGGGGACUGCAGUGGGUGCCAGCGUACAGGGCCGACAUGUAUCAGUGCAGCCUCCCAAAACCUGCCUUUAGGUUCACUCAGCUUCCUGACAUGGCCAUGGGCUCUCCUCCUCCCCCAAUCCCCCCCCGUGCUGGACCCCCUCCUGGGACCUCCCUAAGACGCUCCUCGUCUGACCUGGGGCCCAAGGCCAGGACCACAGAGUCAUCUGGAACCAACAUGGCCGACAUGCAGACUCAGCAUAACGACAGCAGCUAUGCUCCCCUUUCCAGAGCCGCACUUCCUUCAGUGACAACCGAACAGCCUGUAUCCACCUACUCAGGAAACCCCAUCACAGCAGUGUAUGCCAUCCCUGCCUCGCGGUCCGGCUACUCGGAGUACUUUGUCUCCACUCCCCCGUCCUCCUACCGCAGCCCGUCCUGGAUGUCGUAUCCCCCCGAGCCUGAAGACGUGCCCCCCCAGUGGGCCGAAUCUGUGGCUCUGCCGGGGUACGUGGAGGCCUUCCCUCAUCCCCGCUACCCUCAGAGCAGCCCCCCGAGACUCCCCCUGCACUACGGCCAGGCCGCGGAGCCUCUCCCCACCCCGGCCACCACCGCAUCCCAGCAGAGCCUGCCUGACGUGGGGGAGUCCAGAGACAGCAUACCCCUCAGCAGCCUCUCCACCUCGGCCCUGGUCCAGGCCAUUCGCCAGGAGGUGGCAAAGCUGGCCAAGAAGCAGACAGAUAUGUUUGAGUUCCAGGUGUAGUCCCCCUCUCUGGUGGUUGGGAUGUGAAAAUGCAGAAUAACCCUUCUGAAAAUGCUCUAAAGCUGGAGACUAAACAAACUAUCUGACAAACUCAGCUUUUUAUCACAUUUGUAUAUUAAAAUUGGUAAAAGCAUCUUUCUUCCCCUAUCUCUCUCUCUCUUUUUCUCUCUCUCGUUCUCUCUAUCUAUCAUUGUGCAAAAAAAGACCACUUUGGCUCUGAUGUGUUUCAUGACCAUGCUCUCAUUUUGGAGUUACCGAAGGGUGAAAGUGUUCUAUCUCAAACUGUCAGUCAUCUCUCCUUAGCCGUGUCUGUAUAGUUCCAUUGUACAUAUGUCAUAUCCUUGUCUCAGCAUCUGUGAUAGUCUAAUUGGGACGGUAACCAUAGCAACCCAGGGAAAGCAUACAAUGUCCGAUGAGGUGGAGAGAACCUUCACGUUCGUGCUCCCAGGACCCAGCGCUUCAGAACAGAAGAGUCAUGGAUAGGUCACAAUGUAUAUACUGUAUAUUGUAAGCAUGUAGAAGGAUGCCGCGUAAUAUUAACUCUUUUUUUUUUUUUUUGUACACCAUGGGCUCCAUUCAAUCAAACCCACAAUGCACUGCUUACGCUGUAGCUCUUUUUGUCCUAUGGUCCAAUUAACUCAAACUGGUCUUGGGUACUGUAUGAAAACCUACAACUACUAACGGGGAAAAACCUGAAACAGGGAUGUUCCUCUUUUUCGGAACCAGAGGUGCGUGGGCAUGUGACGAACAGUGUAAUCAAAGAUGCUGUGUAAACAAUGCUACGGCGGGUUUGAACGACUUCUAGCUCAACUCCGUUUUUGUUGCCAUCUCCAAUUACGUAUUCCAGUUUAUUGUAGUGUUUUUUUUUCUUGUCCGUACCAAUAAUUAACAACUAAGUCAGAUUCCCAUUGUACACUGUUCUCAGUCACAGCUAUUGUAGGUAUAAUUUAAAAGAGCUUGACAGCGAACUGAGCGACCUGAUCAGUAACAGUGGGCUAAACAUUUGGCACAAUUGAAGUCAGUAAUAAAUGGGUGGCGAAUUCAUCCAAAGAUGAGUAGUUACUGUUACUGUAUGUGAAUGGAUGCUGAGUGAGGAUCUGCCACUGUGUUUGAAAAAGAUCCUUCUCAGAACAUAUGGUGAGGCGAGAAAAACACUUAAAUGGAAUGGGUGCCAAACAAGACUAGUGUCUUGACAAUGCUUCCAAACAGCCUUUGUCAAUGAACAUGAUGAUGUAGUAUGUACAUCUAUAUACAAAAAAAUAUAUUUGAUUGGUUGAACAAGUUACAACAUGUUGUUUGCCAAGGGAUGAGGAAACAUUUACAAUUAUCAAAUGACUGUAAUGCUAAGACAUGAGAAAAAAAAAAAGAGCUGUUAAAAAAUACAAAAUACACCUACCACUAUACAUUUUCAGUUUCCUUAAAAAUGCCUCAAAACAGCCUUUCACAGUGAACAUGAUCAUAAAUUAGGUACUGUAGCCCUCUUGAACGCAGUUGAGUUUAACUGGGCUUAACACAGUUUUCAAUGGAAGUAUAGGAAGCAAACAGGUUGUGCCUCACCAAAUUAGUAUGUCAGUCAGACACAAUUCGGCCACAGAAUCCAGUCAGAAAAGAUUUAAGAUUUCAGUGUAAUGAAUUCACUGCACUGUAGUCAUUCUAAAUGAGUGUGAUACUUGUUGUAACCAUUAUAUUAAUACAUUCUGUAAUAUUGACUGGACUGAUUGGAAUAUGGCUUUUUGUAGGUAUAAUGGUACUAAGACAGUGACUCAUUUUCGCAUUGAAGACUUUCAGUAGUUAAUUUCUUGCUUCAAAAAGUGAAUGUCUAAUGCAACAUUUGAUCUCCCUGAUGAUUGUAAUGCAACUUGAAAUUUAACUUUUUUAAACGAUAACCAGUUGAAAUGCACUUUAUCCUACUGUGUGAUGUACAUGUUGGAGAGCUAGGGAAAACAGUCAGGGCAGCCCCCAAUCCUGGUGUUUGGUCUUCUUUAUGGAUUCUGGGGUUUUAUUUGGUCGUUCUCAGCAAGUGAAGCAAACAGGUUGUGCCUCACCAAAUUAGUAUUCAUAGCUGGCUUUUGAUAUUAUUACGGACUGUGGGCAUGGCAUGCAUUAGUCCCAAGACUCACACAAGCUUGGUUUAAUACAUAUUUGAUUAGAUGAAGAAGUGACAUCGAAUGGAGAGAAGUGCACAAAUCGCAAGGUUGCGCUGAGAAACUAAAUUGUUGUCAGUCUUCAGUGACUGUAGUGCUGAGAGUGAAAGGGAGUGAGUUAUUCAAAUGAGUAACAGCGCCAUGAAUAAAGAAAGCAUGCAGCGUCACGGCCUUCUGUUCAUGAUGACACUGGCGCACUGUCAGAUGCAGAUUAUUGAUUCUGAUCCUGAUUUUCCUUUUUUAACCGACCCCUUUGUAGGCUGUGGCAGUGGACUAUCUCCGUUUCUGGAUGAAUCCAGGCCAGUGUUGUCAGGUGGGACGGUUUCCCGCUCAACUGGGCUAUUUUUAAUGACAG